ACUGCAGUAUGCUUCAACCGUUAGCGGUCGUCUGCUUUGCUGCAUUGAGUUUAGCAGCCAGUUUGGGCUUUUUCUGUAUUUUUAGUGACGUGUCAAUACAUCGAUAUGCGCUCUCAUUCGCUGUAUCUACCGCGGUUGUUUAUUGGUCUUUGAAGAGAAAAUCUUUGGAUGUUGGAGGAGCAGCGUGGGCCUUUGUUGUUGGCUUCAUUCUGACCUUCGCUAAUGUUACGUUCUGUGUUACUAUGCUUACGUUCUUUGUAACUUCUUCGAGACUGACGAAAUGGCGUUCCUCUAGUAAGGGCAAACUGAGUGAAGAGGAAGGGACACAACGAAAUCACAUUCAGGUUCUUUGUAAUGGUGGAUUGGCAACUUUGGCUGCUCUCUUGUAUGUUUGGUGUGCAGGAGCUAGUGAACGACAUCUCCAUUGGCCUCCUCAGGAUUGUUCUGAUCUCAGUGCCUUAGCUGUGCUUGUUUCACUGGGAAGUGUAUGUGGUGACACUUGGGCAUCUGAGAUUGGCUCAGCUGUUCGAUAUGGAGAGCCACGGUUGAUCACAAGUUGGAGAAAGGUUCCUGCUGGUACUAACGGAGGAAUUACCGUGAUCGUGAACAGCAAAUUUCAGCUUUUAUUUGGUUGGGAAUAGUUGCUGGUAUUGUAGGAUCAGCUGUCGAUUCGGUGCUGGGUGCAUUGUUCCAGUAUUCUGGCUAUUGUCCUGAACAGAAGAAGAUAGUAAAACAGCCAUGUUCUCCAGAUAUUAUUCAUGUAUCUGGAAUAAACUUGCUU